AUGGCUUGGAGACAGAAGUCGCAGACCCCGCCUUCAACGGUAAAACAGCUUCUUCCUCUGCUCAUCACACUCGUCGUACUCGGCUUGAUGGCCGUGGUCUGCUACCAAGUCUACGUGUCCUGGGUCAAAAUCCAGGCGCAGGCGCGCCAGCAGAUGGGCGAGAGCGUGGUCUUUAGUAGGGAGGGGGUGCGCGUCAAUGUGCAGGACAUAGGAUCCGAGUCGUACCUGGACAGGACGCAGCGCUGGUUCGUCAAGGCGUGGAAUCUUGGCACGACACCCAGCGCUCAGGAGCACGAAGAGGGUGCGAGGCGGAGGAGGAACGUCCUCGCAAAACUGAAAUCAGGCGAGAGGCACCACGACCACCAUCACGAAUGA